GGAGCAACGUGCAACUGGGAAAACACUCCCCGUCCGGGGGAACCGAUCGAGAGGGACCACGGGGCUUGGUACUGUACGUUCUUGUAUGAUAUGUGAUGUGAGCAAUUAUAUAAUUAAGGAUUAAUCCAACUUUGAAUCUGCUGUCCAGUAAUUAAGAUGAUUAAAUCUGAAAUUCUAAAAGAUCACUCAUCUAUUCCUCAUACUGAUGAGGUAAUAAUUGUUUGUGAAGAUGGGUCUUUCCAAAAAAAUGGGCAGAAGACAAGAAUUCUAGGUCCUGAACAAUUAGCCCAAAAUCAGGUCUUAAUAUCUGACUUCAAGCAGCAGAAACUUGAGAAAGAAGCACAAAAGAACUGGGACCUAUUCUACAAAAGGAACAGCACCAAUUUUUUCAAAGACAGACACUGGACAACUAGAGAGUUUGAAGAAUUAAAAGCCUGCCAUAAAUUUGAAGAUCAAAAAUUGACAAUUCUGGAAGCAGGUUGUGGUGUUGGGAACUGUUUAUUUCCACUUCUAGAAGAUUUGAAUAUGUUUGCUUAUGCUUGUGACUUCUCUCCCCGAGCAGUGGAAUAUGUAAAGCAAAAUCCCCUAUAUGAUGCCAAAAGAUGCAAAGUAUUCCUGUGUGACCUGACCAAAGAUGAUCUUGUGGAAAAUGUACCAUUAGAGUCAGUGGAUGUGGUUAUGUUAAUAUUUGUACUUUCUGCCAUUCAUCCUGAAAAGAUGCAUUUCGUUUUGAACAAUAUUUACAAGGUAUUAAAACCAGGUAAAUAUGUCCUAUUCAGAGAUUAUGGCCUUCAUGAUCAUGCAAUGCUGAGGUUUAAAUCUGCUUGCAAGCUGGGAGAAAACUUCUACGUACGACAAGAUGGAACCAGGUCAUACUUUUUUUCUGAUGAGUUUUUGGCAGAACUUUUCCUGUCUGUGGGAUAUGAGGAAAUAAUCAAUGAAUAUGUGUUUCGAGAAACUCUGAACAAAAAAGAAAAUAUAUGUGUGCCAAGAGUUUUUCUCCAAAGCAAAUUUCGAAAGCCUCUGAAAUAAGUUUUUGGUGAAAAGUUGUUAGACAGUUAAAGUUCAAGACUACUUUCUUAUGUUACUCAGUUUAAACCAAGUUUUAUAUCAAGCUUGUGGGCCAAAAUAAGCCUAGCACUUGAUAGUCCUCUUUUAUUGAUACAAUACUGAAGACAGUGGAAGAUUCUGCUUCUAUUUUAAGUAUAAUUCAAUAAUUUUGGGAUUAAACUACCAGCUUUCAGAUUUAUAAUUCAGGAUCACAAAGCUUUCCUUGGCAAUACUUUUGAAUGUUUAUUGUCAAGCAGAUUCCAGAAGUGUGACUAGCCUCAUAUAUCGUAUUUUUUGGACUAUAAGACACACUUUUUUCCCACCCAAAAGUGGUGGAAACGUUGUGCGUCUUAUAGAGCGAAUACUGCUGAAGCCCCGCCCACCCUUUCGCCCCCACCCGUCAGCCUCUGCCUCCCAGCAAUUUGCCUCCUUGCAGCAAACAGCCUGGUCAGCUUCAGCACAGCGUGAUUUAGCACGAGCAGCUGAUUGGCAGUUGGAUCAACCUCCCGGAAUACCAUCGAUCAGCUGUUCCAGGCUGUGGGGAUCAUCGCCACCCAUUGCUGCUGCCAUCUAUUGCCACCUCCAUGCACCCCAUUUUUUGCCUCUGCACAUCCCAUUUUCAGGUUCUGCGUGCCCUGGAAUGGGCUGAAAAUGGGAUGCACAGAGGCUGAAAAUGGGGCAAGUG